GUCCUUAUUCCCUUUAAUCUUUUCUUAAACAUCCAGUUUGGAAAAUAUCCCUUCUAUUGCUAUUUAAUCACCCCUAUUCUAAGGCUACUAGAUUGUUCAUCAAAUUGAACCCUAUUGUAUCUUUUUUAGGCCAUCUUAACAGAAUGUGUAUGUAUAGGGUGUGGUCUGUGGAUCUUUGGGCCCACUGAUGAGAUUGGAGGGAGGUGGUGAUAUUUGAAGUAGGAUACAAAAAUGUAUGUGCAUAUUUCUAGGAUCCAUUUUUAUAUGUUUCUCAAAGGGGUUCAUGACCUAAAGGUUGAAAAAAAUCACUGAGUUAGUUUUUUGGUUGAUCUUGUGGCUUCUACCUCAAUGGGAAAAUUUCCCCUGGAUCUGCUCUUGACUCCUAGUGUACUUCAAACCCUCCAGUCCAUCACAGUCUAAAAGCUGAGGGAAGGGAGAUGAAAUAGAAAGGAUUAUAUAUAGUUGCAGGAGGUUUUAAAUUCCAGAAAAUCUUAAGGAUAGGAAAGAGGAUUGGUACCAGACAAACUUGGCAUUUUAGGCCCGUCUCUGUCAACUGACAAGCUGUGGCCUUGAGAUCACGUUAGUUAGUGCUUUCUGCCUCUGUUUCUUCAUCUGUAAAAUAAAUGCUGAAGAUUAAGGUCAAUUAUGUAACGCAUCUGUGUAGCACAAAAGUAGAUGACACUAUUAGGAAGGAAGCUUUUUAGAUAAUCCCUAACUGACUUCUCUAUAUCUUCCUUGGGCUGAGACUGUUUUUUAACUUGCAGCUCUAUGUUUCUUUCUUUCUUUUUUUCUUUUUGUUUGUUUUAACUGGUAGGAUAGAUUGGGCAUCAGUCUUCUUCAAUAAUUUGAUUGUAUACGGAUUGAAAUCCUUUCCAUUUCCAAGCACUUAAGAGGCAAAGCCAACUUUUCACUGUCGGUUCCCUUACCUUAUAUCUCUUAGUAACACCGCCCCCCCCCCCACUCCUGUUCAUUGACUCCUGGUAAAAGCUCUAGUUGGAGAGCCUAAAGGAAAGGAAAAUGAUCUUUCAAAAUUAAAGGUGAAAACCUUCACUGAAACUGAUUAAAAUUGUAGCUCCACCCUCGGGCCUCUAGAUGGCAGUGUAUGGACACAUUUGCCCAGGUUAGGGGAUUAGAUUUGAUAAAUUUUGUUCUGCAUCAAACGAUAAAAGGGUAAUAGAAAAUGUAUCCUAUGAGUGUCCUUUACUUUAAAAGACUACAACCUUCAUACUUUUGGGUGUUAAGCUGACAUUGCUCUUGUUAAGGGGUGGUGUGUUUUUGAUUUUUGAGGUAGAGUCUGGCUGUUGCCCAAGGCCGGAAUGCAGUGGCGCAAUUUAGGCUCACUGCCACCCCCGCCUCCUGGGUUCAAGCGAUUCUUCUCCCUCGCCUCCUGAGUAGCUUGGACUACAGGCACCCACCACCGCACUCGGCUACUUUUUUGUAUUUGCAGUAGAGACUGGUUUCACCAUCUUGGCCAGGCUGGUCUCCUAACCUUGUGAUCCGCCUGCCUCGGCCUCCCAAAGUGCCGAAUUACAGGUGUGAGCCACCAUGCCUGGCCUUGGAUGGUUUUUUUAAGAGCUGGGGUCUCGGCCGGGCACGCCUAUAAUCCCAGCACUUUGGGAAGCCUUGGCGGAUGGAUCACCUGAGAUCGGGAGUUCAAGACCAACCUAACCAACAUGGAGAAACCCCAUCCCUACUAAGAAUGCAAAAAAAUUAACCGGGCGUGGUGGCACGUGCCUGUAAUCCCAGCUAUUUGGGAAGCUGAAGUAGGAGAAUCGCUUGAACCUGGGAGGCAGAGGUUGCGGUGAGGCGAGAUUGAGCCUUUGCACUCCAGUCUGGCAACAAGAGUGAAACUCCAUCUCAAAAAAAAAAGAUGGAGUCUCGUUCUGUUGCCCAGGCUGGAGUGCAGCGCCUGCGAUCUUGGCUUAGUGCAACCUCGAACUCCUGGGUUUAAGCCAUCCUCCUGCCUUCAGCUUCCCGAGUACUGGGACUACAGGAGUGUACCACCAAGGGGCGAUUUUUCUUUUUUUUUUUUUCUACACAAAAUAAAAGAUUGCUAUUCAGUGUUUGUUCACUUUUGUUUGUGGAGAGGUUCGAGUAGCCCAAGGAAUCUCAAAUUCUUGGAACCACUAUUUAAGGUAUUUGUUCUUGUUCCUGGAUAUGAGAAUUCACUGACCUUGCUUUCCCUAAAAGAUAAACAGGGUAGUUGUAAUCGCAACUGGAUAGAGGUAGGUCUACCCUGGGGUAAAAGCAGAGAUCACGGCAGGGCGCGGUGGCUCACGCCUGUAAUCCCAGCACUUUAGGAGGCCUAGGUGGGUGGAUCACCUAAGGUCAGGAGUUCAAGACCAGCCUGGCUAUCAUGGUGACACCCCAUCUUAAAAAAAAAAAAAGGCAGAGAUCACAGCCAGGAGAAACUCGACUGGAUCCCAAGGCCUCCUCCAGAGUGGGGCGGCAGGGGCGUCUCAAAUCUCCCACCUCUCAGCCCAUGUUUUGGAUUCCUCGUCACCUUCCACACUGCCUGAGCUCCGGACACACAGCCCCGGUGCGUGAGCGUCCCAUUCUUUGUGCUCAGGGGGUUGUAAUGGACUCCAGAGUGGAGCGAGAGUGACAGCAAAAAGAGCCAGUCUCUUCUCCGAGGCUUCCUGGCAACCUGCCUGUCUUGGCUCCAGGAGGCGGGUGCAACAGCUUCGAGGCUCCGCUUCCAGCCAAUGGCUGGGGGAUGAGCUGAGGGGCGUGAGUGGGCCUUCACUCCAGCCGGACUUAACAGCCGCUGGCCCCGCCCCCUUCGCGAGAACUCUCUGAGCACUGGGCCGGUUUAACAGUAUUGCUGAGGACGCUGGACCCGGUAAGGGGUCUGGGGGUGGGAAAGAAGACGGGGAGGAGGGGGCUGCUGAGUCAGGCAGCGGAGGGGGCCUUAGCGCCCAGGUGUGCUCUAAACCUCAGGGACAACAAAACUACCAGAACCUGCCUCCACUCCCUCUGGAUGCUUUUGAGAUCGUGGGGUAUUGCCGCAAGACCCUUUUGUAUCCGGAUGCCGGACAUAUCUUCCUACGUAACGUGCCCGUGGGGAGUGAGGGGUUAUCACCUGCACCAACGGGUGGCAUAUCUGUAUUACAGCAAAAGGCUGGCCCUCCCAAACCUGGGAUUCUGGGCUGAGUUCAUCUGUGAGUCGGCCCUACCUGCACUCCUCCCGUCUAGUACAAGCAGGCUGCUGGCAUUGAGGUCUGCUACUAUGCUGCUGCUGCACAGAGCUAUGGUCCUCAGGCUCCAACAGGCCUGCAGACUCAAGUCAAUCCACUCAAGGCUCUGCAUUCAGGCCUGCUCCACAAAUGAGUCAUUUCAGCCCCAGCGCCCCAGCCUCACCUUCUCUGGUGAUAACUCCAGCACCGGGAGAUGGAGAGUCAUGGGGACCCUAUUAGGUCUCGGUGCAGUGUUGGCCUAUCAGGACCAUCGGUGUAGGGCUGCUCAGGAGUCAACACACAUAUACACUAAGGCGGAAGUGAGUUCCCAUACCAGCCCUGAGACUGGGAUCUGGGUGACUCUGGGCUCUGAGGUCUUUGAUGUCACAGAAUUUGUGGACCUACAUCCAGGGGGACCAUCAAAGCUGAUGCUAGCAGCUGGGGGUCCCCUAGAGCCCUUCUGGGCCCUCUAUGCUGUUCACGACCAGUCCCAUGUACGUGAGUUACUGGCUCAGUACAAGAUUGGGGAGCUGAACCCUGAAGACAAGGUAGCCCCCACUGUGGAGACCUCUGACCCUUAUGCUAAUGAUCCUGUACGUCAUCCAGCCCUGAAGGUCAACAGCCAGCGCCCCUUUAAUGCAGAGCCCCCCCCUGAGCUGCUGACAGAAAACUACAUCACACCCAACCCUAUCUUCUUCACCCGGAACCAUCUGCCUGUACCUAACGUGGAUCCAGACACCUAUCGCUUACACGUAGUAGGAGCACCUGGGGGUCAGUCACUGUCUCUGUCCCUGGAUGACUUGCACAAGUUUCCCAAGUACGAGAUCACAGUCACUCUGCAAUGUGCCGGCAACCGGCGCUCUGAGAUGACUCAGGUCAAAGAAGUAAAAGGUCUAGAGUGGAGGACAGGAGCCAUCAGCACUGCACACUGGGGUGGCGCACGGCUCUGUGAUGUGUUAGCCCAGGCUGGCCACCAACUCUGUGAAACUGAGGCCCACGUCUGCUUUGAGGGACUGGACUCAGACCCUACUGGGACUGCCUAUGGAGCAUCCAUCCCUCUGGCUCGGGCCAUGGAUCCUGAAGCUGAGGUCCUGCUGGCAUAUGAGAUGAAUGGGCAGCCUCUGCCUCGUGACCAUGGCUUCCCUGUGCGUGUCGUGGUUCCUGGAGUGGUGGGUGCCCGCCAUGUCAAAUGGCUGGGCAGAGUAAGUGUGCAGCCAGAGGAAAGUUACAGCCACUGGCAACGGCGGGAUUACAAAGGCUUCUCUCCAUCUGUGGACUGGGACACUGUCGAUUUUGACUCUGCUCCAUCCAUUCAGGAACUUCCUGUCCAGUCGGCCAUCACAGAGCCCCAGGAUGGAGAGACUGUAGAGUCUGGGGAAGUGACCAUCAGGGGCUAUGCAUGGAGUGGUGGUGGCAGGGCUGUGAUCCGGGUGGAUGUGUCUCUGGAUGGGGGCCUAACCUGGCAGGUUGCUGAGCUGGAUGGAGAGGAACAGCGUCCCAGGAAGGCCUGGGCGUGGCGCCUGUGGCAGUUGCAAGUCCCUGUGCCAGCUGGACAGAAGGAACUGAACAUUGUUUGUAAGGCUGUGGAUGAUGGCUACAAUGUGCAGCCAGACACCGUGGCCCCAAUCUGGAACCUGCGAGGGGUGCUUAGCAAUGCCUGGCAUCGUGUCCACGUCCAUGUCGCCCCAUGAGCAUGGAAAGGAGCCACCUCAACCCCUUUCCCCACCUACUGGCCUCACUGCUUCAGAAAAAUCUUUCCCAUCUCUCGACAUCUUGGAUCACAACUCUGGCUUUCCUAAGCCAUACCCAAAUACACAUAUAGCACAUUUCACCCAGGGACCCUCCCUCUUUGGACAGUAUGUUACACACCCCUCUUGGCCUUUGAACCUGUGCCAGGAAGUGUGAGCUGUUAUAGUAAGGGGCUAGAAGUGAGACAAGUAAUUCUGGAGACAAGCACUAUUUUGUCUUCCUACCCCACCUCCAUUUCUAAUGCCUACUGCCAUCAAGGCCUUGUUUUGCUUUUCCUUUUGGAUUCUUCAGAGAAAUGUGUGUGGCAUGUGUAAGAAAAGUAUAUAUACUAUUUUCUACUGCCUCUCCAGGUUGCCAGAGGGUUGUGAGGAAAGCAAGGGGUGCAACCGUCUCCUUUUAUAGUUCUUUUCUAAUAGUCUGUUUAAGAUCAUUACUCUUGGCCGGGCGUAGUGGCUCAAGCCUGUAAUCCCAGCACUUUGGGAGGCCCAGGCGGGUGAAUCACGAGGUCAAGAGAUCAAGACCAUCCUGGUCAACAUGGUGAAACCCCGUCUCUACUAAAAAUACAAAAAAUUAGCUGGGCAUGGUGGCGUGUGCCUGUAAUCCCAGCUACUCAGGAGGCUGAGGCAGGAGAACUGCCUGAAUCCAGGAGGCGGAGGUUGCGGUGAGCCGAGAUUGCACCAUUGCACUCCAGCCUGGGUAACGAGUGAAACGCCAUCUCAAAAAAAAAAAAAAAAAAAGAUCAUUACUCUUGGGCCUGGAGAGUGAGUCUAUUGCAGGAGAGAGGACACAUUUGUACUGGGAUGUAUAAUGAGAUUAGUCCAAAACAAAACUGGGGAGGAAGAGAGGAAGCAGUCUUGUAGGUUAAAAAGUAAGGCUUCCAGCCGGGCGCAGUGGCUCAUGCACUUUGGGAAGCCGAGGCAGGUGAAUCACUUGAGGUCAAGAGUUUGAGACCAGCCUGGUCAACAUGGUGAAACUGUCUCUACUAAAAACAUGAAAAAAAAAUUAGCCAGGUGUGGUGGCUCACCCUUGUAGUCUCAGCUACUUGGGAGGCUGAGGCAUAAGAAUCACUUGAACCUAGGAGGCAGAGGUUGCAGUGAGCUGAGAUCACACCACUGCACUCUGGCCAGGGCAACAGAGUGAGACUCAGUCUCAAAAAAAAAAAAAAUUAGCUGGGUGUGGUGGCAGGCACCUGUAAUUCCAGCUACUUGGGAGGCUGAGGCAGGAGAAUUGCUUACACCCAGGAGGUGGAGGUUGCAGUGAGCCGAUAUCGCACCACUGCACUCCAGCCUGGGCGACAAUGAGACUCCGUCUCAAAAAAAUAAAAUAAGUAGGGCUUCCUUCUCAGGUCUGGCAAUAUCUGCAGUGGCACCUAGGUGAUGACCUCAGGAUACCACAAAGGUGACCCUCCAACUCCUCUCCCAACAAUUCCAAUACACUUGGCAGGAAAGGUAAAGAAUGCUAGGAGUUUACAAUCAACAUUGUCUUAAGAGGUUGUGAAAAUAAAAUAAAUCUUGGGACCCCAGAAUCACUGAGCUAAAGGGAAAAGUCAAUUUGGAACUGGUUAGGGCAAACCUGCCUCCCAUUCAAAGUCAUCCCUCUACUCACUGAGAUAAAUUCGUAUCUGAUUGUCUCCUUUGAGAGGAAUACAACCAUUUGCCUCUUCUCUGCCUAUGACCUGGAAGCACACCACCCCAGCUUUGAAUUGUCCCACCUUUACAUAUAUUGACUGAUGUCUCUUGUCUCCCUAAAAUGUAUAAAACUAAGCUGUGCUAGGAUUACCUAGGGCACGCGUCAGGACCUCCUGAGGCUGUGUUACAGGAGCUUGUCCUUAACUUUGGCAAAAUAAACUUCCGAAAUUGA